CGCUGUUUGUAUUGGAUUUUGUUUGGUUGUUUUUAGCGGCGGUGUAAGGCUACAUGUGCAAGUUAAAUUUCUAGAGGCAGGCUACUUCAAUUUAACCCUAAUUUUCCUUUUUAAAUUUAUUUCCAUCCGUUUCAAAACAUGGCAGAUGAUGCUAGAGAUGCCAUGACCAAGAAAGCAUUCUAUUCCGAUGCCAAAAAUUACUGGGAAAAAGUCCCAGCUACCGUAGACGGGAUGCUUGGCGGAUACGGCUCUAUCUCGAGUACAGACAUCGUUGGGUCUCAGCAGUUUCUGAAAUCCUUCAUGCAUGCACCAUGGGCAGAACGAAUCCAGAACAGGAAGGCUCUUGAUUGUGGUGCUGGUAUUGGCAGGGUAUCAAAACACCUUCUUCUACCCCUUUUCCAGUCGGUGGAUCUACUUGAACAAGAGAAAGCAUUUUUGGAUGAAGCUAAAACUUACUUAGCUGAUAAAGCUGAGCGUAUUGGAGACUACAUCAACAAGGGACUCCAAGAUUUCAUGCCACCUCCGAAAAUGUAUGAUCUCAUUUGGUGUCAAUGGGUUUUAGGUCACCUCUCUGAUGACCACCUGGUUUCAUUUUUCAAGAGGUGCAAAGAAGGCCUAGCAGACAGUGGAUUGAUUUGCAUUAAGGAAAACAUUGCUAAAAAAGGUGUGAUAUUUGAUGAUCAAGAUAGCAGUGUGACACGUUCUUACAAAGAAUACCUAAAGGUUUUUAACGCUGCUGGUUUGAAAGUUGUUAAGGAGCACACACAGACAAAUUUCCCCCUAGAAAUCUACACAGUUAAGAUCAUUGCACUGAGAUGAUUGGUGUUUUAUUUUUUAUACAUUUUAUGCAAUUUUUAAACUUGUGGCUAUGGCCUCUGGUAGGCAUCAGUUGCAGCAAUGCACUUUGUUUAAACUUUACAGUACAAUCAUUAACUGAUGGUAUUGGAAAUUUGUGAGAUUAUUUAGUCUUGUGUAAAGCAGACUCGAAAAGGCUUAAAAGUGAUCAGUGCUUUUUGUCUCAUGUGAGGCUGCUGAGAGAGUACCUACUGUAAUGCAGGUGUUUCCAGGAUUUGAACCCAUAACCUGAUAUUGGAAAGGUGAACACCUUAACCACCAUUCCACAGCUUCACUUCAUUAACCAUCAUGACCUUGCUUUACAUUUCUCUUUUCCCCCCAAACAUUUAGAAUCAGUACUGUCUUUGUAUCAUGGAUUUCCAUGGCUGUAUCCAGGAUUCCAAAUGAGAGGGGGGUGGGGGGCUGGCGGAGGUGUUAAAUAAUGGGGUAUGGUGUCGCCUACUCAAACUUCACUAACUAAAUAAUGCUUUAACUAUAUAACUGGUUAAAACGUAAAUAUUGAAGACUCCCUUUUAAUCUUGUUUUUGCAUAUGCUAUAUUUUAAUAUUAGGUUAUUUUUAACAUUUAUGAAGGGUAUAAUUAUUCUUUAUUUGUUAAUAAAUACUGAAUACUGAAUAUAAAUACUGAAUGCUGUAUCAUCUUAUACAAUGAUACACUGAAGCAGAGAGCCUACUCUGCAAAUUUCCACUCUAGCAUUCCAACCCGAUUUUCAUAUGUAUUCUGUUAUGUUUUACUGUACUUUUGUAGUGGCAAAUCCUCAAUGAUUUUUUUUUAAGAUUCAUGUUUGUGUAAAAUCCUUAUGUUGAUGUCAUAUUUUGAAAUGAUAAAUAGGAAUUGAAAAAUCCUUGUUAUGAUAAAAAAUCCUAAAAGUAUGGUGCUACAAUAUUUCUUCCAGAUUUGGAAUUCAGAAGUAGUAAAUAACAACAAAUAUUUGACCUUACACUAUAUAGGAAAAACAUUUUUCCUUACACAAAUUUGUAUAUGAUGAUUUUAGCAAGAUAAUGAGAGUUGUCGAAAAGAGGCAAUCAAUUGGCUAAUUGAUAUGGUUUAUUGGUCGAUCAGAUUAAGUACUGUUGUGCCAUUGAAUUACGUGAUGUAUUGAAGGAGACGUUAAUGAUCAGACAAGACUUUUUUAUACAUUGUUUAUCAAACCACCCAACCACCAAUAAUGCUGACUUCAAAUAAAAAUAACAUUUUAUUUUUGACCAGUUAGUGCACCCUCUGUUAUGAAAAAUGGAAA